AUGUCUCAUCCAUGUUCAUCAUAUCGUUGGCAAGGUGAUUAUGUGAGCUGGGAGGAGUUGCAACUGCUUCCGGACGACCCAUGGCUGGCCAACACACGGCGGCAGCUUACGGAGCAUUGGCCGAAGAUCACCAUGACCUCGGAGGAAAAGAUGAAGACUACGGCACUUCUGUUGCUUUGGCUUUCCAAAGCGAACAUUGCUGGGGAUGUGGCCGAAGCAGGAGUCUGGAGAGGAGGUCAUGCCCUAUUUAUGAAAUUUGCAGCAGAUCACCUCAGCUACAGAUUCUCCAAAAGGUCUCGGCGAGUUUGGCUGUUGGACAGCUUCCAUGGAUUCGGCUAUGAAAACACAGGGGUUGACGAGGUGUUCAAUAGAGUCAACAACAGUGCGGAUGGAUGGCUGCCGGUCAUCGCUCUUUUCCGGGGUUUAAAUAUGCUGGACUCUCGUGUCAUCUUUCUCAGAGGCUUCUAUGAGGAUUCCCUUCCGCUGGUGCCCAAUUUCAUUCGCUUUGCGCUUUUGCGAGUUGAUUGUGACAUGUACUCCAGUAUCGUACAAGCUCGGCGACGGGGGCCCAGAAGCAUGCGGAAAACCCCAAACGAGGAGAAUGUGGGCGACGUGUGGUGGCAAAAGACUAUGGAAAGCAAUGUCGCCAAAAGCAGUUUUUGCUUGGAACAAGCCAACAUGAAGGUUCGCGCAGCAGACACCUGGUGCACCGACGAUUGCCAUCCAGCAUGCUGCAUUUGA